AUGAGUGAUCACGACGAUGGCGGAAUCGACUUUCAAUUGUACCGCUAUACGCCAUCCCUUGUCGCAGCAAUAAUCUUCAUUGUUCUAUUCACUCUAACAACCGCGUAUCAUCUCUGGCAAACUGUUCGCGCGAGAUGCUGGUACUUUCUGGUCUUUGUGACUGGUGGGAUAUUCCAGAUAAUAGGAUACAUCUGUCGCGCGCUAGCGCAUUCUAAUAAAGAAUCCGUGCCCAUCUAUUCCGUGGGAACUAUUUUGAUUCUUCUUGCGCCCCCUCUUUACGCCGCUUCGAUAUAUAUGACUCUAGGCCGCCUCAUCGGAUAUCUUGAUGCAGAGAAACUCAGUCCAGUAUCCACCAAAUGGCUGACCGCAAUCUUCGUCACGGGCGAUGUGAUCGCAUUCCUGGCACAAGGAGCAGGUGGUGGAAUCAUGGCAAGCGGCACCGUCAGCGCAAUGAACACGGGUGAAAACGUCACAAUCGCAGGUUUAUGCGUGCAACUCGUAUUCUUUAGCGUCUUCAUCAUUGUUGCGACCAUCUUCCAUUAUCGCAUUCGCAAAACUCCAACUUCCAGAUCUACCGGAACUUCCAUCUUUCCUCGCAGCUGGCGCGAAGCUACCUGGGAAACUGUGAUGUUGGGUCUAUACGGCGCCAGUGUUCUGAUCCUCAUUCGGUCGAUCUUCCGUUUGAUCGAGUAUGCGCAAGGCAACGAUGGGUACCUAAUUAGCCAUGAGGUAUUCAUGUACGUGUUCGACGCGACACUUAUGUUCAUUACAAUGGUGGGAAUGAGUUUGUUCCAUCCUUCAAAGGUUUUGGGUCCGUUGGCGAAGGCGGAAGCGUCUUUAGACAGGUCCUACACGAUGACCACCCAGCUACGCGAUGAGUCUGUAUGA